UAAGCAUCGAGACUAUUACCGAAGUCACCACAACUGAAACGGAUCUUAGGCGCGAUUCUCAAUUCAGCACUUUGUCAAUAGUUGAGAAGAUGGGGAAACAGCUUACUAUCCAAUCUCAGGAAAUUAUUGAUGAGAAGAUGUCAGAUGCAGAUAAUUCGAAGGGAAUAGGUGGUGAUAUAGCGGAGGGAGCCUAA